ACCGAAACGUAGCUGAGUGCCUAUAUUUUUAAUUAGGAUACCAUUAUGGAAAAGUUCUAUGUUCUCCUACUGGUGCUGACAACACUUUGUAUCCAAUUUUCCCAGGCACAAGAUCGAUUUCCAAUAUCUAUAAUACACAUUAAUGAUUUCCAUGCCAGGUUCGAGCCAACGGACACCAGUGGAGGCACAUGUGACGAGGGGGAGCAGUGCAUUGGCGGCUAUGCACGCACCGCAUACACAGUGAAGCGUCUGCUGGACGAGCAGAAGGACCAGAAUCCCAUCUUCAUAAAUGCCGGUGACAGUUUCCAGGGAACGCUUUGGUACAACAUCGGCCGUUGGAAUGUGACGCAACAGUUUCUGAAUAUGGUCCCAGCGGAUGCAAUGACCCUAGGCAACCAUGAGUUCGAUCAUGGUGUGGAAGGUCUUGUGCCAUUUUUGGAAACUAUUGACACUCAGAUGCUGGUGGCCAACAUGGACGCCUCCCAUGAGCCCACGUUAGAAGGCAAGUUUAAGAAGUCGACCAUCUUAGAACGGAGCGGACGAAAAAUUGGUCUCAUUGGCGUCAUACUGGAGACCACAUAUGAUCUGGCCAAUACGGGAAAACUGAUAUUCCAAAACGAGAGUGAAGCUAUUCGUGAAGAGGCCGUGGAAUUGCAAAAAGAAGGUGCCGAUAUCAUUAUAGUUAUUUCCCAUUGCGGAUACGAUGUCGAUAAGGAGAUUGCGAGGCAGGCUGGCGACAUCGUCGAUGUCAUAGUGGGCGCCCACUCGCACACAUUCCUGUACACGGGCACACCACCUGGUCCGGAUACGCCAGCUGGCGACUAUCCCACUGAGCAUGUGCACGGGAAUGGGCACAGACUCCUCAUUGUCCAGGCAUCCUCCUAUGCCAGGUAUGUGGGCAAUAUUACAGUCUACUUCGAUGACGAGGGAAAUGUGGUCGAUUACGAGGGCGCCCCCAUCUACAUGAGCAGCGAUGUUCCCCAGGAUAAUGAAGUACUAAUGGCCCUGAAACAAUGGCAAGUCGGGAUUGAUGAAGUUGGUAACCAAGUUGUGGGCAGCACUCUUGUCUCUUUACAACAAGCCGAGUGUUCCAGAGCCCAGUGUAACUUGGGAGACCUAUAUACAGACGCCAUGGUGCAUGCUUUUAUUAAAAAUUCGUCGGCGUCAGCAUCCCAUUGGAGCAAAAGUACUAUUGGCCUGGCUAAUCAGGUCACUUUUACCCUGGAGUCCCUUCCAGUGGGUGACAUAACCUAUAAAAAACUUGUCGGCAUGUGUCCAUGGGCGGAUAGAGUGUAUGCCUUGACGCUGCCAGGUCAGAUUUUGUUGGACGUUCUGGAGAGCAGUGUGGCAGAUAUGAAAGCAAGGCAGACCGGCCCGUCGAGAUCACAGUUCUUCCAGGUCUCUGGUCUUCGCGUUAUCUACAACCUAACUGAAUCUGCCGGCAAUCGAAUUGUAAGCGUCCACACUCGCUGCAUCGAUUCUGGAGAGCUCCAGUACAAGCCCCUAGACGUUAACAAAGACUAUCGCAUAGCCGUUUUGGAAUAUCUCGUAAAGGGGACAAAUGGAACCGCUUUGAUUAAAGACAAUGCGAAAGAUAUAGAGAUUGGACCACUUGCUCUGACAGCACUUAUGGACUAUUUAGAUGCCGUUGGACCUAUCACUAAUGGACUGGAGAAGAGAAUUCAAUUUGUAACAUAAAUGAGCGAACAUUGUUUCAAUUUUCACUUCACUUUUCAGGGAAGGGCAAACAAAAUUUCAUUGCAGUUAAUAAUUGGAAAAAUCUAAAAAUAAAUGUUUCAAAAAUAAAAUCGAUAAUACAAGUAAA